AUGCCGAAUCCUCCCAUCGACAUCUCCUCCCUCGCCGCCCAAUCCAACUUGUCCUCCGAGAUACAAGCCAAGCUCUCCUCCGCCCUCGAUGCCGCCAUCAACAAGACCACCGAUGGCGGCCGGAGCAGCAGCAGCGCAAGCUCCUCAUCACACGUCGAGGCCGCAGCCACCGCCAUCGACGAAGCGUGUCCCCGGAACGAAGACGCAGAGAGCUUCCUGUGGUCGCUAUGGAAUCUCCUCAUUGGCAUCUCCAAGCACAUACCCCUCGGCGACGAACGCAUCAACAGGCUCGUCGGGAUCGUCACGAGCCUCAAGGCCAAGCAGGGCGCAGGAACCGUCGACAUCUGGGCGUCGUCGCACAGCUUGUGGAGCGACAUGCCGCUCUUUGGCGCCGUCAUGAGGGAGGCGUGGAACGGCAACCCCGACUUCAACGACUCGCCGGAGGAUGCCACCAAAACCGCCCAGUGGCUAUCCCUCAACACCUUCGCCGCCCGCCUCCUCGGCGCCUCGGUUCAGUCCUGGACGAACCUUGCCCUGUGGGAGCUUCGCGACGGGCUGGAAGAGCCCCUGCCCAGCGGCCAGGCCAGAGACACGCACCUGACUGCCGCGUCGGAGUGGAUUGUCCAGGCCGGCAGGGUGCUAUACGCCGAGGUACGGAACAAGGCACAGCUCGAUGAACGGCAUGUUCGGGCCCUGGGACCAGGCUCCAUGUUGGAGGGAGGCAGCUCGGGCUUCAAUCGGCAGAGGUGGGCGUUUUGGAAGAAGAGGCUGCAAGAGUUGAGCGGGGAGGCGAGUGGCACGGCCAAGGCGAGGACCCAGCAGGCGUUGGAGGUGAUGAGCAGCCUGGAGGCAGGCACCAUAUAG